CCUUGUCUCGAAAUGGCAAUAUUAUCCAUCAUCCAAUGGGCCAAAGCUCCCGGCUCAACAACGUGGGCAUGUGGGCGGGUGUCAUCAGCAUCGAAGUUGCAAGCCUCGUCUGGGUCUGUGCACCAAAGAAGCGUUUCGGGUCCAAGCCUCCCACGCUGGAGCCGCAGAAGCGUCGCCAUUGGCACGCAGCAUCUUGCAGUGGUUUCGAAAGUCAGUUCGCAGUCUCAGGAUCGUGACAAGCAGCAUGCGCCAGUCGUGUGGUUGAGCUGCUCGGAACGUAAUGU